CACAGCGGUGCAGUCUCGUCGACGGCUACGUAAAAGCACGUAAAGGACGUGGUGUGUGGGCUCGGCUCGGCUCGACUCGGCUCGCAUCGGCUCCGAUUCUCCCGCAUCCGUUAUGACGGCACACACAGUGAUCCAGCAGCGCUAAGCGCUCUCUGCGUCUUCGGCCCGUCAUCUCUCGCCUCUUGGCGAAAAGACAGGGAGAAAAGGGAGAGGAAGAGGAGAGAAAGAGCGAGAGUGCGCGUAUAUAUCGAACUCUCUUGGCGCACCCUUCGCCCGUUGUGCGCGAGAUAAAAAAAAAAAAACAGAGAGAAAAAAAGCCGAGAGAGGAAACGAGAAACGCGAUGGAGGCGCGACGUUGCCCGGUUGUCUGAUCGCGCUGUGUUAACCACACGGGCUCUCCGGUAUUGUGUGUGUAUAUAUAUAUAUAUAUAUAUCCAAGCAUAUAUCGACACUCCGGAUAGAUCGGAUAUAUAGUAGACUUUAACUUUAGGUGUGUUCCGCGCCGCGCCAUGUGCCGCGCCGUCAUCACCGCUCCGCGUGUGUCUCCUCCCAGUGGAUUAUCAACGUCGUGCGUGUCGCCGCGAUUCAAUAAUUGUCGCGCGUAGUCAAGUAGUUGGUUCUCUUUGUACGUGGUGUGUGCUUUUGUUCAUCAAGGUGCUUCUCGAUAAUUGUUCUCCGUGUUGUCAAUGCGCUGAGUGCGACGAGUGAACCCGAGUUACGCAUUUUUCCCCCCUUGCUCCGACCUCUCCCUUCGUAUUUUUGUCCGGUUCAAGCGAACAAGCGAGCCCCGAGGAAAAGGAUAGCGUGAGCGAAGGAGGGAGAAAGAUAGGGAGAGAGAAUUUUUAAAGAAAAAAAAGAAAGCAGUCGAAGAUCAACCGGGAAGGAGCGAGGAGAGUUCUCUCUCGUUGGUGUCACUCUCUUUCUAUAUAUCUCUCUCUCUCUCUCUCUUUCAACGAGGCUUCAACGACGAGCAAGAGAGAGAUAACGCGAGGGAGCGCGAGUAGCGUAUCAAGAUGGCGCAUAAUUUGGCACCGAGCGUCAACUGCUCGCUCGACGACAUUGACCUGAACGCUCUGAAGGAUCCUGCUGGUAUUUUCGAGCUGAUAGAAGUGGUUGGAAAUGGAACUUACGGCCAAGUUUACAAAGGUCGGCACACCAAGACUGGUCAGCUGGCGGCCAUCAAGGUCAUGGACGUCACGGAGGAUGAAGAGGAAGAAAUUAAAUUGGAAAUAAAUGUACUCAAACGGUACUCGAAUCAUAGAAAUAUAGCUACGUAUUACGGUGCCUUCGUAAAGAAGUCAUCACCCGGUAAGGACGAUCAAUUAUGGCUGGUUAUGGAAUAUUGCGGAGCUGGCUCCGUCACGGAUCUUGUCAAGUCAACCAAGGGCCAGAGUUUGAAAGAGGAAUGGAUAGCCUAUAUCUCGCGAGAAAUACUGAGGGGACUUAGUUAUCUUCAUAGCAAUAAAGUUAUCCACAGGGAUAUCAAGGGACAAAAUGUUUUGUUGACUGAUAACGCGGAAGUCAAACUUGUUGAUUUCGGCGUUAGCGCACAAUUGGACAGGACGAUAGGUAGAAGAAAUACGUUUAUUGGCACACCUUACUGGAUGGCUCCAGAAGUUAUCGCUUGUGACGAGAAUCCAGACGCCACUUACGACAAUAGAAGUGACCUUUGGUCGCUUGGAAUUACUGCUCUAGAAAUGGCUGAAUCACAACCUCCGCUCUGCGAUCUACAUCCUAUGAGAGCUUUGUUCCUGAUUCCUCGUAAUCCCCCGCCACGACUCAAAUCGAAGAAAUGGGCUAAAAAGUUUCACGGAUUUAUCGAAACGGUAUUGGUAAAGGAUUAUCAUCAGAGACCUUACACAGAACAGCUCCUUAAACAUCCGUUUAUACGGGACCAACCUACGGAAAGACAAGUUAGAAUACAGCUGAAAGACCAUAUUGAUCGUUGUAAAAAACGCAAACAGGAGAAAGAAAGGGACGACUAUCGAUAUAGUGGUAGUGAAAACGAAGAAGAUGAACCGGCAUUGGCCGGCGAACCGUCGUCCAUAGUUCAAGCACCUGGAGGUGAUACAUUGCGCCGUAACUUCCAACAAAUUCAGGAAGGCAGAACAUUAACGCAGGAUGUACCUCCUCAAGCGCCCGCCGCGAAAGAGAAACCAGGAAGCAGAUCUCAGAGAGAGGUGCCUGAACCUGGACCACCCGCAAGACCCGCCAUACCGCACAGACUUAUAGUGGUGCCAGAUCCGCAACCACCGUCUCGGCCAUUACCUCCGACACCUCGAGACGAUCCUCGGCAACCGCACAAAGUGUCCACGCCGCCUUCCAAUCAUCAGCCACCUGCUGGAGGAGGAGGUAGCGGAGGAUCCGGGGGACAGCCCGCGCCUCAAAGGAAUAGUGUCUUCAAACCUAUGCUGCCGCCGAAGAAGCCAGAGGACAUGGAGAUACUGGCUGCUCAACUCAUCGAGCUUGGUGUGUCACAGGGCCCCGAGGCCCCGCCAAGGCCAAACAGACAGCAUAAGGGCCCUACAGCCUCGUCUACAUCAAAUUCGGUGCAGCCUGCAGUUGGUAACGAUCAGAACAACAAACAGAUGCCGCAAUCUUCCAGUAUUCUCGAUCAAGCUCUGUCGAUCGAGAGUGACAGCGACGACGAUCUCGAGGACGCUGGAGGAAACAACUUGAGAAACGACGGUACUUUACUGGCUAGCGAUCCGCCCAAACCGCUUCCCGAAUUUUCUCCUUUCAGACCGUCGUCGGACUCGUCGUCGUCGUCCUCGCACAAUGCUCAAAACUCCCAUCACGAAGAUAAGCCAAAAGGAGGUGCGCCGAAUCGUCCGCUCCCGCCUACCCCCGACGAGGAAGAAUCGGGAGAUCGCACGCUAGUCAUGAAACGAAAACUUAGUCAGAUGUCAGACGAUCGUGCAACGGCUAGCGGCAACCGACGUUCCGAAAUAGACGAGCAGCUCCUCCUGAAAGAGUGGGAUUUCACCCGCUUCUUUCAGGGCUUUAACGAAAAGUUGGAUAAAAUGAAACAGGAGCACCAGCAAGAUGCGGCCGGUCAAGCGAGCAAGUCCGGAUCCAAUGAGGAUCGCUCGUCCUCGUCUAGCGAGAGAACACUCAAGAAGCAAGAGCAGUUAGCACGAAGGAAACACGAGCAACAACAACAACAACAACAUCAUCAUCAUCAUCAUCAUCAACAAAAGCAACAGCAAUUGAAGCCGGUUCACAGGCGGCAAGAGAGCGACUCGAAAUUGGGCAAUGCGUCAAGCGCUUUCGCACGUGCCUUCCGCCGCGAGAACUCGGACUUUUUCCCGUCUGCGAGGCACUCGGCGUAUCUACAGAAAUCGUCCGACUCCUCGAGGUCUAGUAUAUUCGCUAGCGGUAAUCGGCGCGGAAGCGAGAUAAGCGUCGCCGGUAUUGUCGGUGAGAAAGGCGACGGUCUCAAUUCCGGGGAACCGAUUCUGACGGACUUCUUGCUGAGCCGCGACGGGCUUCAGAGGCCCAGGAGAGAAAAAACCGAGAGUAACAUCGUUUUCGAUCGUCUUCGUAGUAGAUACGAGGCGAGGAGGUACGAUUUGGGACGCGAUAAAGACGAGAACGCAAGAAGACGCAGUUGUAGACCCUCGGACGCUACUACGGCCUCUGCCGUAGUCGACGAUGCGGGAACGAUUAAGUCCACGGCCAGUACGACGGCCAGCGAGUACAGCCCUGUUGUUACCCAGAAUCGCGAGGGUGGAGAUCGUUCGAGAAGCGGGGGUGGCGGUGAUUUCCAGAGGUCGGACUCGUCCCCAGGUUCACGGCCCAGUUCGGUAUUACCGGAUCUCUUGACCUCUUCACCGGGUCAACGGCAGGACAAGUCAACCAGCGAGGAGUACCGACAAGCGGUGAAAUCACCUCCUCCGUUUGCGCUCCAACAGAAACAGAGAUCUUUUCUCACAUUCGGAUUCGGAGCCGGUCCGGCGAGAAGAGAGUCCCACGUGAACGUUAACGUGACUCCCACCAGCCAUGACGUAGCGUCGGAUACGCCGGAGAUACGCAAAUAUAAGAAGCGCUUUAACAGUGAAAUUCUUUGUGCCGCAUUAUGGGGAGUGAAUCUAUUAAUCGGAACCGAGAACGGCCUGAUGUUACUGGACAGGAGCGGACAGGGUAAGGUUUAUCAGUUGAUCAACAGAAGACGUUUUCAACAGAUGGAAGUUCUCGAGGGUCAAAACAUCUUGGUGACAAUCAGCGGUAAGAAAAACAGAGUACGCGUGUACUAUUUGUCUUGGUUGAAGAGCAAGAUUCUGCGAACGGAUGGUCACAGCGAUCAAGCCGAGCGACGUAACGGUUGGAUCAACGUGGGCGAUCUGCAGGGUGCUGUGCAUUUCAAAAUAGUAAAAUACGAGAGGAUAAAGUUUCUCGUGAUCGCGCUGAAGGAUUCCAUUGAGAUUUACGCAUGGGCGCCGAAGCCGUAUCACAAAUUUAUGGCUUUCAAGUCUUUCGGCGAACUCGCGCACAGACCGCUAUUAGUCGAUCUCACGAUCGAGGAAGGUUCAAGAUUGAAGGUUAUUUACGGUAGCGCGGAUGGCUUUCACGCGGUCGACCUGGACUCCGCCACAGUUUACGACAUAUAUUUACCGAAACACACCCAGGGCCCUAUCUGUCCGCAUUGUAUAGUAUCAUUGCCGAACAGUAACGGCAUGCAGUUGUUACUUUGCUACGAUAACGAGGGCGUGUACGUGAACACUUACGGCAGAAUAGCGAAGACGAUGGUACUACAGUGGGGCGAGAUGCCUACUAGUGUCGCAUACAUCGGCACGGGACAGAUUAUGGGUUGGGGAAACAAAGCGAUCGAGAUCAGAAGUGUGGAAAGCGGUCACCUCGAUGGUGUUUUUAUGCACAAAAAGGCUCAACGGCUCAAGUUCCUCUGCGAACGUAAUGAUAAGGUAUUCUUCUCGUCGGCAAAAGGCGGUAGUUCGUGCCAGAUUUACUUCAUGACUCUAAACAAACCUGGUAUGGCCAACUGGUGAUCCCGAAUGAGGCCGAAUCUGGCCCCACGAUUAUCCUCCGCGCCGCACAACCUGCCCCGUGUGUCGGGAUAUACAGCAUCGGCGCGUACACUUGCCCGCCCUUCACUGCCCGGAUCUAGCGCCUUGGAGAUCAGGAAGUGCGUGCAUCGUAGCCAGCAUCUUUAUCAACAUCAACAACAACAACAGUAUCGUCAGCGUCAUCGUCAUUAUUCUUAUCAUUAUCCCCGUAAUUUUUCGUACAACUAUAAUAAUUACGACUACGAAGAGGACGAAGAGUUCGACGAGAGGUUCCAACGAUACUACUCUCGGCUGACCUUGCGAAAUACACAGGGAACGUUGACAUUUGUGAACCUCCUCGUCAAGAAAUUCCUCUGUCUUUUCACUUGCACGCCCUGCGGAUUACGCGGCGCGGCUUGAGAAACGCGGCGUUCAGAACGCGCGGAGCGAAUUUUUUCCUACAAAACAGAAAAAAAAAAACAAAAAAAAAACAAACAAAACAAAACAAAAAAAGAAAUAAAAGUGCGCACGAUAGAUUAUUGCACGCUGGUAAGUCGUAUAUUAAAAAUAAAAAAAAGUAUUCUGUGUAUUUGUAUAUCUAUAUGUUCGUUUUACUACAAAAAAUUUGUCGCUUUAAUUACUACGCUAAGUCUCUGUAUCUGUAUUUUUUUCGCGCUGACAUGUAUACGUAAACACGUUAACUCUCGAAAACAAAAAAAAACCUUAUAAUAUUAUAUACAACAGAACAACAAAUGUAUUUUACUGUGUCUGAUAAAUAGUUACUACUUAAGAGAGUGUUUUUAUACGAAAGAAAUAAUUUAGAACAAUAUAAUGAUAACAACAACAACACACACACACACACACACACACACACACACAAAAACUUCAUUUGUGCUGCAUCUUUUCGAGCAAGCAUUAGUCAUUUAAGAAGCAACGCUGAGACGAAUUACCAGUGACGCAGAACUGAUCGAUUAUUACGCCGCAUAUAUAUAUGUAUACAACUAUUUUCGGUGUUAGGAAACUCGUGCAAUACUCGGUAAAUUGGUUUGUACAAAAAAAAAAAAAAAAAAAAAAAAAAAAAAAAAAAAAAAAAAAAAAAAAAAAAAAAAAAAAAAAAGAAAAACAACAAAACGAAGUAACUAAGAGACUUUUUUUUAGGAGAGAUAUCUUAAAAGUCGAAGGGAGUGGUAGUCCGAUAAUCGAGUUAUGUGUCGUAACACAGAGAGAUGGUAAACUCAGAUCGAGAAAUAAACAAGAGGAACUCGUGUAAUGUUUGCAAUCGUGAUUUCUCUUUUGUCGAAGUUUGUUAAUUUAUCUCUCGGUGAGAAGUUCUGUGGUCUUAAUCUGUUAAGGAGAAGAACGGUAGGAUUUAAAAAAAAAAAGUAACAGAGCGGAGACGCGCCUUAUUAUAUUAUACGCCGAACUGGCGCCAUUGUAUUUUGACGGCAGACAUUGAGGCAACAUCGUUACGUUACACGACGCGAUAAUAUCAUGAUUGAAACAUUUUUAGAAUUAAGUGAGAGUAAUUACUAACGUUAAUUAAUUGUAUAGUUAUAGCAAUUGUGUGUGAGAGAGAGAGAGAGAGAGAAAAGUUUUUUCUGCCAAGUUUGCGCGCGGGCAAGCGCGGCGAUGACGACAAUGACAAACACGAGAUAUAUAUAUAUAUAUAUAUAUAAAUAUAUAUAUAUAUAUAUAUAAAGGUAACGUCGUAAGUUACACCGGGAUGGACGAUUCGCGCAUUUUUACAAACAAAUAGAUUAAUUAUUAGCGUUAGGGUUGUGUGACGCACGUGAUGUCAAAAAACGUGAAUAGCUAAACAAAAAAAAAACAAAAAAAAAAACAAAUUUCCUUGUGUUCCACGAUAUUCUCGAGUCCGGUGUAGUUUCUUUUUACGUUUGAUAUAUGUAUAUGUACACAUACACACACACAUACAUACACAUACGCGCUCUGUGUAUUCUUGUUACGUACGACGGGAGACACACAUCUUUGCCGCGCAAAAUCGUUUGUCGUUUACACGUCGUGACGAACCACACGAGCGAUAUUAGUCUUCGGCUUUUGUAAGAACUUUGUAACUUGUGAGCGAGACGCGCACUAAAAAAGAGCAUCUCUCUCCCCGCCCCUCCCCGUCUUCCCUUCCGUUCGUUUCCUCCCUCGAUCGCGAGUCGUUGUUCCGCUUCUUCCUCGGAACGUUCAUUAACGAGUCUGAUCUCAUAUAAUCUCAAAGGUAACUCGCGCCGUGAGGAGGGAGAUAACUGGCGAGGGGCGAAUCCUUAAUAAUUACACCGCGAUUUUAUUGAUGUCGGAUUAUAUUCUACGACCGAUUUAAGCGGACUUAGUGUUAAUAACGGAACGGAAUGAGCCCCCCCCCCACAAGUUGUACCGAUUUUUCGCUCACAACGCAAGUUCGCGUCGACUCGGAGUUGUCGAACGCGUACACACAGGCAACCGGUAUACGUAAAUGUUUGCAGGGAUUGUUUUGUUCUUCUUAUCGUUACGAGCUGCGCGCGCGUUGGAAGAAAAA